AUGUCUGGAACACGCCCAUUCCCUCGAAAGACUGCCGCCGCCAUUGCUGUGGUCGGUGUAAUUGGUAUUAUUUCCGCCCGAAAUGCCUCGCUCCGCAAUGAAGCCUUUGCGGAGCAUCCAAAGCCAUGUGGGGGACCGGGGGGCCCAGGUCGCGGCCCCGGUGGUGGUGUCGGUGGAAGAAUGGGAUUUUCGACCCUGCGCCUCGAAAGCUCCCAGCAAGUGAACCACAACACUAAACGCCUCCGCUUCCAACUGCCAGACCCAAACUCUAACGCAGGCCUAGGCUUGACCUCAUUCAUUUUGACAUUCCAUAAACCAAAGGACGCUUGGUUGCCGGUAAUUAGGCCUUACACGCCAAUCAACAACUUUGAUGAACCUGGCUACAUUGAACUCCUGGUCAAAAAAUACCCCAAUGGCAGGGCAAGCUCAUACCUGCACUCUCUCAAGCCUGGCGAUGAGCUGAAAGUCCGCACGCCCAUGAGUAGCUUCAAAUGGAAACCCAAUGAGUUUGAAAAUAUCAAUCUCAUCGCUGGCGGUGCUGGCAUCACACCGAUGUUCCAGCUUAUGCAAGGCAUACUGAACAACCCCGAAGAUCGAAGCAAAAUCAAGCUGAUCUUCGGUGUCCAAACGGAGAAAGAUCUUGUGUUGAAACAAGAACUUGAUGCCUUUGAACAAAAAUUCCCUGAUCGUGUCAAGGUUGUCUAUACAGUCUCGGAUCCUGAUGAGGGAUCGCCCUUCACCAAGGGCAGGGUCACGAAGGAAUUGUUGGAGAGGGAGUUGGUGGGCGCCAAAGAUAGCAAGGCAACCAAGGUCUUCCUUUGUGGACCUCCCGCUAUGGAAGCGUCAGUUUUCGGCAGCAAGGGGUGGAUCUCGAACCAGAAGGGUUUCCUGGAGGAUCUUGGUUACACAUCAGACCAGGUCCACAAGUUCUAG